UUAUUUAUUUUAUACAUUCUUUCGAGUCCACCUAAUGAAAAAAAAAUCGCGUUACAAGUAAAAUUAUUUCAAAAUACUGUGUUGUACACACGUUAAGAUUUUGUUUGGUAAGACAUAAAUAUAUCUUACCGUAUGUUUAUUAGUAAACAAUGUUUUUCGGAGCAUUUAAAACUAAGGAGACGUACAAGUCAACGAAUAUGUUCCAGGCUGUAAGGACGAAUAUGAGACAUAAACAUCAACGUAUUAUUUCAAUUUGUGUGUUAUUGCUUGUGAACCGAAAUCCGAAUAGAAUCUAUUCAAAUUAAAACGAAACACAAGUCUUAAAUUAAAGCAUGUACACGCUCAUUUGACUCGCAGUUAAUUUUUAACGAUCUGCCAGUAACAAAAUAAACGGAACGAAAUUUCAUGAGGUUGUUUUAAACAAGUGAUUAUAUUCGAUAACACCGAACACACCAUGAGGAAAUAUUUGACUUUGGUACUUAAUAAUACCCGUAUAAAAGUGAACAGAAGAAAACUUGCGAGCAAAAGCCAAUAUUUUGCGUCUCUUUUCUCGCACAAUUUUAGUGAUUCCAACAGCGAGGAACAUGUUGUUAAUUAUGACAUUCCUUUAUGCACUUUACAGACUUUUGUUCAAUGGGUACAUGAUAAGAAUCACAUGUGUGUUUUACAUCAGCCCAUAAAAGUUUCUUUGACCAAAUUUCUGCAAAAGAAUUUUAAAGGAUUAUUAACAUUGCUACAGUUGAGCGUAUUGUUUAUGGUCGAUGAAUUAACAAGUGACAUUACAGAAAUUAUAGUUUUAUAUUGGUUGGAUCCACAGAAAGUAAUUGACAUAUGGUUAUUAGCACAGGAAUUAAGUGUAAAAGUAUUACAAGAUGUUUGUAUAUCUCUUUGUUUAGACCGUUUUGAAGAACUUCCAUUAUCUUCACUUAUCAAAUUGAACGCAGAUAAUAUAGUUAAGUUAUUAAACAAUGUUAAUUUAAGGUACUCUUCAGAAUAUUAUUUGCAACAUAUAAAAGAUCAAUGGAUGAAACAUCAUAAGACGAAUCUUAUUGAUGUCAAAGGAGAAAGACAACUGACGUUUAUAAAGACUUGGACAGUUAUUCAUGACAGUAACCAAACUGGUCGCAAAGAAGAUUAUGCCUUAAGAAAUGCAUAUUUGUAUAUUUGGGAUGGUAAUGUUUUAAAUGAAUGUGUAAAAUUAAAAUGUCUUGAGUACCCAAACAUGUGGUUAUUUGGAACACAAGUUGCUACUAGAGGUUUCAGUGUAUAUACAAUUGGAGGAUCCGUAGGUUUAGAAGGUUCACAAUUUAAUAAAAUUAUUUCACGGUAUUGCCUUCUAUCUAAAAAGUGGUAUUACGAAGCACACUUGCCAGUUCCAAGGAGACAUAUGAUUGCCGUAUUUUUAAGGAAUAAAUUGGUUUUAGUUGGUGGUGUCGGAAAACAUAGAUUAAAAUUGUCUUCAGUCGAUGUUCUUAAUAUUCAUACAGGUAAUUGGACGUCUGGUUCGCAUAUUCCUGAAUGUUUUACCAGUGUUCCACCUUAUUGUGUUAAAUGUGGAAAAUUGUUCGUACUGAAGUCAUCUUUUUAUAUUUAUUAUCCCGAAGAAAAUAUUUGGAACACUAUAGCGAUACCCGGUUCUAAUGAUAUAGGAAGAGUAGAUGCGUUUAUUACGCAUGAUACAACAUUACUUUUUUCUGGUAUUUAUUUGGAUGGAAAGGCGACUGUUGUAAGAACUGAUAUUGUAAAAGACGGAUCUGUUUGUGAAAAACCUAAUUGCAUGAUACAGCCUAUUCUAAAGCGUGAUAAAAUAUUUAUAAAUUCUAUAAAAGCGGAUGAUAAGUUUAAAUUCAAUAUCUAUGUACUGAUAUUACCCGAUACUCGAAAAAAAAAAGGAAGUGAUCUAUAUUUCCAUGUACAUGCUGAUAUAAAUGACGAUUUCAAAAAUGCUACUUUUCCACGAUUCAAUUCUUCUAAUAUUAUAGAUCCCAAUACUUUAUACAAUACCGUAUAAUUGACUCUUAAGUAUUGGAUCAACCCUUAAGUAUUAGAUAUUGAAAUUUACGUAACUACUACAGAAUUUUCCACAAACCGCUAAUAUUACGUUAAUAUUACGUAUAUACGAGUAUCAAAGAAAGAUCAAAUUCAAUUCAAACGGAAUUAAACGGUAGCGAAUACACUGAAAAAUAUAAAAUUAUGGAGAGAGAAGAGUAGAAGUGAACGAAAAUUGGAAGCGGUUUGUAACACUUAAAGGUAUUAAAAUAUUUUGUACUUGAUGUAAAAUUUUAUGAAAUCGUAAUGGAAAUAAUCGAACGAAAAUAAAAAGUUUCGCAACUUUUAUAUUUGAAUCAUCUUUUUUAUUUAUCUGAAAUUUUGUAACGGAAGCAGUCUUCAAACAUGUAUAACACGACAGUGCGUACGAUUACAUGGAAUAAGGAUGUACAUUUCGGGCAGUAUUAAAUUCUUCCGUACAGUCAUUUAACAGGAUAAGUUAUUGUUGUUUAAACGUACGAGGAUGCUGGCUAUCCUGUCGAAUCUGACUAUAAUGAAAGUUUUCCGUUUAUAACUUACACUGCCGUUUGUGUACGAUUGUGUACUUAAAAUAUGCUAAUUCGUGUAUACAGCAAAGCUCGUAUUAGCGUAUAGAUUGCGCGUGCUAUCCGUAUUGCUUAACGCUUUGGAUUCUUCUUUUAUCAUAUAGUGACAUGUUUUGUUUUUUUUUUUUUUCUUUUGCGAUAUGACAAGCACACAAAAAGUAAAUAUAGCCUUCCAUGAUAAUUUACAUAUAGAAUAG